CGCGAUAAGCGCCAUACCUUCUGUCUUUUCGACAUUGGAGCGCAGCGCUUUCCUCUAUCUUCGAUGACGCUACCAUCGUAUCGGAUACUUAUACAGACUCUUGUUCUUCCCGGCACCUGGGCCGUGCUCUUUCUUGCUUCCUCCCGUCCAGUAGCGCAACAUGUCCGCCGCCCUCACGACGAGCGUUGACCACCCUACGGUGCCCACCCUGAGGACCCUCGGCCGCGAGGACUCGGAGUACUUGGACGACAAGAAGAGCAUCGACGACGUCGCCAUCGCCAAGGAGUAUGACAACCAUUCCAGCUCAUACGAUGAUGAGGCAGCCUUCGAAAUCAAAGGUGAUGACAACGAUCCUGCCUACAAUGUUCUCCCUCAGAUUGUUCGCGAGUUGUGUGACUUUGAGGACGAUCCCAGCAUCCCCGUCUUGACAUGGAGGUUCUUUUUCCUGUCCGCCAUCUUCACCGCCCUUGGCGCAUGGCUCACGCAAAUGGGUUUCUUCCGAACGACUUACAUCCCGUACUCCAUCUACUUCGUGCAGAUCGCUUCCCUCUUCUUCGGUCGAUUCCUGGCUGCCACCCUUCCACAGAAGUUAGUUGGCUUUGGACGAUUCAAGUUCGAGUUAAACCCUGGCGAGUUCUCUGUCAAGGAGCACGUCGCUGUCGUCUUGGCUGCGAACACCGGAGCCACGAAUAACUUGGGCGAUUACGUCCUUGCCCCUCUGGCUGUAUUCUACGACGAUCCAAUGAACGGUUGGAUCGCUAUCUUGUUCAUGUGGUCCGCGGUCUUCAUUGGGUUCUCGUAUGCCACGCUGGCAAAGACGUUCAUUAUCGAGAAUCCCAACACGACAUUCCCAUUGACUCUUCAGCAAGUCUCGGUUUUCAAGGCACAGCGUAUGUCUCUUUCAACGGCGAGCACAACCGCAAAGACCCAGAUGCGCGUGUUCUGGUACGGAAUCUUGAUCUUCUUCCUUUGGGAAUUCCUGCCUGAGUAUAUCUUCCCGUUCACAUCCUCUCUCGCAUUCCUUUGCUGGGUAACGAAGAACUCCACCGCCCAGUUCCUUGGCUCUGGUCUCGGCGGUGUCGGCCUGCUGAAUGUCACCCUUGACUGGUCCAAUAUUGGCUCUACCAUGAUCUAUUACCCGUGGUGGACUCAAUUGAACAUGUUUGCAUCCUACGUCAUCUCUGCAUGGAUCCUCAUUCCCAUCUCCUACUACAUGGGUAUCUGGGAAAGUGACAAGUACCCCAUUCAGAGCCAGACGUUGUGGAUGCGCAAUGGGACUAAGUAUCCGACGGCCAGUCUCAUGAACUCCGAUUUCUCGCUCAACAGCGAGCUUUUCGCAGAGGUUGGCCCUCCUAUGAUGUCGGCACAACUUCGUUGGGGAUACUUCUUCUCGUAUGUUGCGUGGCUCGGUGCUUUCGUCUCGUGCAUUCUCUUCCAGGGCCCGGAGAUAUACAGAACAGUGAAGCUGAGAUGGCAACGGAAGGCAGCUUUCGAUGACAAGCUCAGCCAAAUCAUUCGGCAAUAUCCAACAGUACCCAUCUGGUGGAACCUCGCGCUGUUCCUUGUUCCUUUCAUCAUUCUCAUCGCGUUCUCCCACACUGGUCUACAUUACCCACCAUAUAUGCUAUAUAUCGGUCUUGUGAUUGGUGCCGUGAUCGUGGUGCCCAUGAGCUAUAUCUACUCCGUCACUGGUUACCAGGUUCCAGUCGGAUAUUUCAACGAGCUGUUCUACGGUUAUGCCAUCAACCUCGGCGGUUCUCGCCACCCGGUAGGCUCCCUUAGUUAUCGUGUCAUCAGCGGUCAAUGCUGGUACGAGGCUCAGGCCAUGUUGGCGGAUAUGAAGCUCGGUCAUUACUUCCAUAUCCCACCUCGGGCCACUCUCAUUGCACAGGUCUGGGGUAUUCUCAUCGGUGUACCCAUCAAUUAUGCCACCAUCCUCUGGGUGUGCAAGACUAAGGCCGACGUUCUGUCCGGAGCCGCGAGCGAUCCCAACCACCAAUGGACUGGCCAAACCGUGAUUUCGCUCAACAAUCAAGGUAUCGCGUUCGGCUUGAUCGGACCCAAACUCCUCUUUGACGAUCCCAUGUAUGCGCCUAUGCUCUACGGAUUUGUAGCCGGCGCCAUUGUGCCAAUCAUCCUGUGGCUCAUUCAUAAGAAGUGGCCGAAACUGCGCGCGGAUCUUGUCAACAUCCCCAUUUUUGCGACUACUUUCGAGAACUUCUACGGCAACCUCAGCAACUACCUCCUGACUUGGUUCGUCCUCGGAACGAUCAACCACAUGUACUUCAAGCGCUACCGUUAUGGGUUCUGGAAGAAGUUUGCCUAUCUGGCGGGUGCAGCAGCCGACACAGGAUACAACUUCAACAUGCUGUUCCUGUUCAUUGCGUUCAGCGCGGUGAAGACUACCUCCAUGCCCAACUGGUGGGGUAACAACGCUGACUCUGUCGAACGAUGCUUUUACCUUCCGGAUUCUGCAUACAAUCCGCCAUCGUAAUUGGUGCACGUACAUUCUUAGACAACUUGUCAAUUGAGUAGGACGUUAUGACUCUGCCUUGCAUCGGUAGCAAGCGCUGCUGCCAUCGCACUUGUCCUUCACCUUCCCUUUUCGUCACUCUUUUUCCCCUGUAACUUCUGGUCUGAUUAUCCUUGUUGGGUGGUAUUUUUUGGUUUUUUUUUAUUCUGUAGGUUACAUGGCUGUGUUUGUUUUUUGGGUCAUUACCUUCAGCAUGAACGAGUAGCGAUGUCGAAUGUUACG